AUGAUGCAAGCCACUUCGAAAAGCCCUACGCUGUUUUUCAGAGCAUCUACAUCGCCGGCGAGAAAUAAGAUUCCCGCGCAUCAUGGCGGUAUUGCCAAUGAACUUGUCGGCGCCAAAUUCGAGGACAAAGAGGCGAUUGAUGAAGGCUGCAAUACUGAAAGCAAUAUCAUCCAAUUUUACCAUAGUUUCAGAUGUUCGGAUAUUAGUUGUACUUUCUUCGAAGAAGUCAUUUGUGAAGAUGGGGAAUUCUGGAGCGAGGAUGGCACCAACUUGUGA